AUGGUUGCUGACUCGGCUGAACCUGCAGGGACGCAAUCCUGCCCUCCCCCCGAAUUGCCCCAGCUCGUUGCGGAACAGCACACUCCCAUCCCUGCUCAUGACAAAGAGACCCAGCGUCUGAUUGUCGUUCUCUCCCAUGCCAGCUUGGAAACCUAUCGGGCUUCCAGCGGACGCAAUGGUUCCGGUCGUGAUGAGAAGUACUCCCUGCUCAACAGCGAUGAACACAUUGGUGUCAUGCGCAAGAUGAACCGGGAUAUCAGCGAGGCUCGCCCGGAUAUCACACAUCAGUGCCUGCUCACCCUGCUCGACUCCCCCGUGAACAAGGCGGGUAAGCUGCAGAUCUUCAUCCACACUGCCAAGGGUGUCUUGAUCGAGGUGAACCCUAGCGUGCGCAUUCCUCGUACCUUCAAGCGAUUCGCUGGUUUGAUGGUACAGCUGUUGCACCGCCUCUCCAUCCGUUCCACCAACUCCCAGGAGAAGCUCCUGAAGGUCAUCAAGAACCCCAUCACCGACCACCUUCCCCCCAACUGCCGCAAGGUGACCCUCAGUUUCGAAGCCCCCGUAGUGCGCACCCGCGACUACAUCGAAUCGCUAGGCCCCAAGGAGAGCGUCUGUAUCUUCGUGGGUGCCAUGGCUAAGGGACACGAUGACUUUGCCGACUCCUUCAAGGAUGACACGAUUUCCAUCAGUAACUACAGCUUGAGUGCCAGUGUCGCAUGCAGCAAGUUCUGCCAUGCCGCCGAGGAGGUGUGGGACAUUGUCUGAGCGCAGAACUUCGGACGCUCCUAUCCCGCUUCUCAGGAAUGGCCAAAGCUUGACGAGGUGACGAAUUUCCUUGCGCCCAUACAUCUGAAACGGUACGAUCGAGAAACGGUCAGCGGGUCCUAGCUCGGGGACGAAACCUUGUCUUCCGCGCGCUGUUCGCGUAUUCUCUCUGCCUGGGUGUAUUUGCAUCGCUUGCUGUUCUCUGCACGUCUUGAUGGGUUUUCGUGUCUGUUUUCUCGCGUCUCGCGUCGCGGUCGCUGCUUGACUGCUGGAUGCGAUUUUCUGGAAACUAAGAACGCCUCAUUUAUUUGGGUC